GUCGCCGGAAAUUUGCCGCUUUGCGUUUUUGCAUCGGCGUCCAUUUAGUUUUGGCGUGCUUAUUAUUUUUUAUUUAAUCUGAUUAACGUCUAUACUGACUGCGUAGUGCGCACAAUAAUAGCUAGUCUAAAGCCGUCACUUUGCCACAGUCCAGCGUGCGUUUUCCACGAACUUGUCAAGUUCUGCAGCUGUCAGACGUGAUUUGCAUUUGCGACCGUCUGUACCUACAAGUAGCAACAAAAUCCCUUAUCGUUUGACUUUUUGAAUUAUUAAUCUAGCACACCGAUGUUUGGUUGUUCGAUUAAUGUUAUGAACUGAAACUAUGGGCUCAUUUCGCAUAUUGCACAAAUUUAUCAAAAGACGUCGGCAAGUCAUGCGUGCCGGGAGUGCCGGCAUCGCGCGAAAAGCCUCGCACAUUGUGCGACCGUCGACUGUCGGCGGAGGAUCCCUGCGUUCUGUCGCCGAGAACCAGGGUCGCCUCAUUCGGCUGUUCCGCCUAUUGCAGCGCCAGAAAGCUUAUUCGCUCAAAGUUAGUCUGGACGGAAUUCUGGGACUGGCUAUCGUCUCCUGUGCGCUGGGAGUAGCAACACUGAUAACGGAAGCUAUAAUGAAGUUGAAACAUCCCAUCGCCAGUGCUGCGCUGCUCAGCAUCGAAUCCCCGGGACUUUUCGUGGCCUGCCUCUCCCUACUGAACGGUGCCACAGGAGCUGUGAUAUGGAAGGUCAGCCGGCAGGAGCACCGACCGACCUUAACCAAACUCCACAAAUCCUUGCACAACCUCAACUUGGCCUGUUCCUUCGGCCUCUUCGCUCUGUCGCUCAUCGCGGUGGGCAUCUACGCCACACUGCGGGACUGGCAGCAUAAACUACUACCGAUGAUACACCUCCAACAGCAAAUGGUAAAGGUCAUCGGACAGGACGAACUGUCGUGGCCGGAAGGCGUACUGGAGGAGAUCUACAUAUUAAAGAUGGUCGGGAUGAACUGUCAUUUGUUAAUCUUCAUCACCUCGGCUAUGUCGUCUGUAUUCUGUGCGGUGAAUUUGUUUGUUGGUGGUCUACCGAACUAUGGAGCCUGCGCUGAUGCCAUCAGUGUGGCUUAUAAAAGGUUCAAGGUUGGCUGACUUUGAUCUGCUUUUCUGUUUAUAGUGGGUUAGGAUCUGAUUUGUACAUAGCGCAACUGUUCAGCUUUUCUAAUGAAAUUUCUUAAGUCUUUCUGGUCCAUCUGAAUGUGAAAACGGAAAAAUGGUGGA